AUGCCGAAGGUAGCGAGGUUCCAUCAGCUGGGCGGGCCAGAGGUCCUGCAAAUCGACGAGAUUGCGUUCGAGGACCCGGCAGCCGGUGAACUGCUGUUGAAGGUCAGCGCCAUUGGGAUAAACCGUAUGGAAAUUUUCUUCCGCUCAGGUGGCUUCGGCCAGCCCAAGACUUUCCCUGCCGUUCUAGGAUCGGAAUGUGCUGGGGCGGUUCUAGCAAUCGGUCAAGGCGUAACUGGGUUUGCGAUUGGGGAUCGCGUGGCGACCAUCCCUGGGUUUACAACCGUUCCGGGUUUCUCCACCGAGGCUUAUGUGCCAGCGGAGAUAACGGUAAAGCUGCCUGACGGCAUAUCAUUCUUAAAAGUAGUAGUAUUAAAGUCGCUAGGUAUUGAAUAUAUUAUUAUAACAGACAAGCAGGAUAUUACAACAGAAGUAGCUCGCAUAACUGGGGGUGUCGGUUGCCGCGUGAUCUACAACCCGGUUGCUGGGAAAGGCAUCAGCAAACUACUUAAUAUACUUGCAGUAGAUAGAGUGAUUCUUAUCUACGGCAUUCUAGACCUAGCUCCGGCCUCGAUUGACCCGGUAAAGGGAUUGGCGAAGUUUGCAACGAUUAAGUUUACAGCAGUAUUUAGGAUGCUAUUGAAUCCGGAGAAGCGUGCGAUGAUAACGGAGUUCGUGCUCAAGGGUGUUGCCGACGGCGUGCUGAAGCCUAUUAUUGACAAGAAGUUUUCAUUUAAGGAUAUUGCUGAGGCACAUCGCUAUGUUGAGAGUAAUCAGCAUGUGGGGAAGGUUGUUGUCACAGUUUAA